GGGGGUGUUUGCACUUUAACAUCUUGGCUGCGAUCAUCUCCCCGUCUGUCUUCUUUCUACCAAACAUGGUACUCCUGAACACUCAGACAGUGAAGACCAAGCAAUAGACUGGUUGGUAUGAUUUGGCUGGGAUGGGCUAAUCUUUCUGCGUGAGCCAUUGCCGGCUGAGUUUCUAGCGGACUGCACGUGGUCAGAGCUGAGGACUGAACAGCCACAACGCCUUGGACACAUCUGUCUUCUCUGGCAGGUUGGAUAUCAGUCACUUCUGGGUAUCUACAGCAUUUGGGUACAUACUCUAGGUAUAGGAAGGCUAUGAGCUGUGACUCCUCCCGACUUAGUUCAACCGUGUCUACUGUUCUAUCACCAGUUGUCCCCACGACCAUUGACGACCAUAUCUAUUCUUAUCACCAUGUUUGCUACCUUGGGCCUGUUCCAGGAGGUCCCUUGUCCGGAGGGCUCCCAAUGUUCUCUCCUGACAUGCAUGUUCUCUCAUAAGGGUGUCGACACUCCCUUUGAUGAGCCCUCCGCGGCGGACGAUUCACAACUCGUGCAGAAUGAUGAGACGGCGGCGGAGGUUCCAGCUCGGAAGAAACCCAAGCUAGAUGCAAGGGUUACCCAGAGUGGUGGUCUUUCUCAAAAAGAGCAGCCAAGACAUGCGCCGAAGGAGCGGCCGUCACCGGUCCCGAAAAGCGAAUCUAGCAUACCGAGAGAUACACCAGCGGUGGCUAGUGGCAACGAUGCUAAGGCUAAGUCUGCAAGCCAAGGACCCUCGAAGAUUCAAUCAAUGUCCCGAGCAGUUACGCCGCCGCCUUCAAGACCAGUGUCGACACAAGCGACAGCGGUCCCUUCCAGACCAGAGCCAUCAGAAUCUCGUCUCCCGCCGAGACGAGCUCCUAGAGAAAGUCUGAACCCCCGGAUGAUUCCCAAAACGCCAGCCACGCACGGCGUGCGGCUGUCUAUCCUGACCAAGCUGCAUGGCGCGAUGGCUGCCCUGAACAACAAAGUGGCCAAAGACAAAGACAACACCGAGAAACACCUGGUUCUAACCCCCAACGAACUGGUCAUCAUGGCGUUGGACGAAGAAGAGAAGUUUGCACGGGAGAACGCAAGCGUAUACGGCAAUGUCAUCAAGCUUCGGAUUGUGAAGCUCUCCAAAAUGAGCAAGGAGGACUGGGCCAAAGAAGUCAAGGCUCAUUUGAAUGAGAGAUACUAUAAGCUUGCGCCGGUGACACCAGAAGCGAAGCCCAAAGUUUUCACGACCGGCAUGACCGUCAACGAGGAGAUCGCGCUCGCGAGCCAGCUGAUCACUCCUCUAAAUGGCCUAGAAAACCACGGUUACGUGACAAGGCCCCCCACGCAGGAGGAAGUCGAGGGCGCCAAGAAGGGCGUCAUCGAAUCCAAGGGCUGGGAGAAAUGCGAUCGGUGCGGUGGCCGAUUCCAGGUGUUUCCCGGUCGUCGCGAGGACGGCUCACUCACCACGGGGGGCAAAUGCACCUACCAUCCGGGCAAGCCUCUUUAUCCCACAAGGAAACAAACCGACCACAUCACCGGCCAUCGAGAGGCAUACUACAGCUGCUGCAACGAGACAUUAGGAACCUCCUCAGGCUGCACGAAAGGCAACUCGCACGUCUUUAAAGUCUCGGAAACCAAACGCCUCGCAUCAGUCCUCCAAUUCGCCGAGACCCCAGCACAACCAGACAAAGGCCCCCAGUCGCCCGUGUGCUUCGACUGCGAAAUGGGAUACACAACCCUUGGCCUAGAGCUCAUCCGCCUAACAGCCGUCAGCUGGCCCGAAGGGAAACCCCUGCUCGACGUCCUCGUACGGCCCAUAGGGGAGGUACUAGACCUCAACUCGCGCUUCUCCGGCGUCUUCCCCGAGCAUUACACCAAAGCAGCACCAUACGGGAGCACCGCACCAUCGCAGGAAGAGUCCGCCCCACUACAAGUCGUCGACUCGCCCGCAGCCGCACGCUCCCUCCUCUUCUCGCUCCUCCAGCCCGACACCCCGCUCAUCGGCCACGCAAUCGACAACGACCUCAACGCCAGCCGCAUCAUCCACCCGACCAUCAUCGACACGGUCCUCCUGUACCCGCACCCGCGGGGCCUGCCCCUCCGCACGAGCCUGAAGAUCCUCAGCAAGAGAUAUCUCGAUCGGGAUAUCCAGACGGGUGGAAACAGAGGCCACGACUCCCGGGAGGAUGCAGUCGCCACGGGCGAUCUGGUGAGGGUCAAGGCUGCGGAGACUUGGAAGACUCUCCGGGCGAAGGGAUGGCGUAUUGAGGGCGUCCGCCUCGUUCCGCCUCCUGGUGUGACGGGUUCUGAACCUGUUCGUGGUCUGGGGCCUGGGGCUGGACAUAAGCGCGGGAGUAGUGGUUGAUUUCUCACGAAUUUGGCAUAUAAUAGUUCGUUUAUGAUACCCAACGGAAUAGGAUGAUGGUAGACCACUUGGCAUGCAG